GUGUGUGAUCCUCCAAGCCUUACCUUAAGGGGUAAAACACCCUCUCCAACCCCGACGGCGUGGUGGAAUUGGUCGCCAUGAUUGGCUCGGGGCAUACUAUGAAGCAUACAAGGUACAGAGUAUGGUUGAGGAUUCAGGGGAGGAUUCAGGGCAGUAUAUAGUCUGGAAUAUGGCGCCAGACUGGUCAAUUGGAGAAAGAAACCGCGACGACCAUGGUGACUACCGGUGCUCUCUUCUCGUUCCUCGUUCCUGCGUUGAUCAGCGGCGCGCAGGCUAGUGUUGACUAUCCUCCGCUGCCCGAGGACCUGACCACCCCUUAUCAGCAGCGUCUGGCCAUUUACGGCCCGAAUGCGGUUUCGGUUGGAUGGAAUACCUACGCCGCGCAGAAUCGGAGCUGCGUGCAAUAUGGUUCCUCGCCGGAUUCUCUCAAGUCGCAAGUCUGCUCCUCCCAGUCAUCGACCUAUGACACUUCCCGGACGUAUUCGCAUACUGCUAUCUUGAACAAUCUGACGCCGGCGACCGACUACUUCUACAAGAUCGUCUCGACCAACUCCAGCGUGGAACAAUUUCUCAGCCCUCGCACUCCGGGAGACGAGACUCCAUUUAACCUUAGUGUGGUUAUUGAUUUAGGAGUCUACGGAGCAGAUGGCUUCACAGUCGACUCCUCCAAAGCAAAGAAGGACGAUAUUCCUUCCAUUGAACCAGACUUGAACCACACCACCAUCGGACGUCUAGCAGCUACCGUUGACGAAUAUGAUGUAGUCAUUCAUCCGGGAGACUUUGCGUACGCCGACGACUGGUACUUGCGACCAAAGAACUUGCUGAAUGGUGAAGAUGCCUACCAGGCCAUCCUGGAGAAAUUUUACAACCAACUUGCCCCCAUUUCCGCCCGAAAAGCGUACAUGGCGAGUCCUGGCAACCACGAAGCCAGCUGCAAAGAGAUCCCUUAUACCACGGGAACGUGUCCGGAAGGACAGCACAACUUCACCGACUUCAUGCACCGCUUUAGUGACACAAUGCCGCGAGCUUUUCUCUCCAACUCGACAAACCACACGGCGCAGCAACUCGCCAGCAAGGCGCACAGUUUAUCUAACCCACCAUUCUGGUAUUCUUUCAAGUAUGGCAUGGCCCACAUCGUGAUGAUCGACACCGAAACCGACUUUCCCGACGCGCCGGAUGGGCAAGAUGGAUCUGCUGGGUUGGACGGCGGUCCGUUCGGCCUGCGUGGUCAGCAGCUGGACUUCCUCGAGGCCGAUCUCGCCAGUGUGGACCGAAGGGUCACGCCGUGGGUGAUCGUCGCUGGACAUCGCCCAUGGUACACCACGGGCUCGAGCACCUGCAAACCGUGCCAGGAAGCUUUCGAGGGCCUUUUCUACCGCUAUGGCGUCGACCUCGGUGUCUUUGGUCACGUUCAUAAUUCCCAACGUUUCCUCCCCGUCGUUAAUGGCACCGCAGACCCGAAGAACAUGACGGACCCUAAGGCUCCUAUGUAUAUUGUCGCCGGUGGCGCGGGUAAUAUCGAAGAUCUUAGUUCCGUUGGAGAUAAGCCUUCGUAUACUGAGUUUGCAUAUGCGGAUGAUUACAGUUACAGCACCUUGCGCGUGUUGAACCGGACCCACCUGCAGGUCGACUUUAUCCGGUCGUCUACCGGAGAGAUCUUGGACUCGAGUACCCUGUACAAGAGCCAUUCUAGCUCGUUUGUCGUGCAAUAGUACAUCGAUGUUUCUUGAUCCCUGUGAGGAGAAGACAACAGAUUCUUCUUGUUCUUCAUUGGUGCCGGUUUUGUUAUUAUCCCAUUUACCUUAACCUGUUUAACAGUUCUCGGUACCUGCACUAAUUUGGAGGAGAACAAAGGCCAACCAACUGAACAGAAAUAUCCAAUGUCCUAGAAUAAUUGAUGUACAGUCCUUUAUAGCAAGCCCUAGGAAAUCUUGCAGCUCCACUCAUAAUACAAUUCCAUUUGGCCCCAG